ACGUACACGCCAACCUCACAAUUCCCCACUCUCUUUUUCUUUAAUUUAAAUGCUCAUAACUUCAAACUCUCUACUCUUUCUCUUUUUCAUCUCCCUCACAUUUUUCUUUUUCAACAUUUUGAAGCUUCUUUCCAUUUCUUCUCAAUGGCACAGAAGAAAGUGAUAUUAAAGGUGCUAACCAUGACUGAUGACAAAACAAAGCAGAAAGCCAUUGAAGCUGCUGCUGAUAUCUUUGGGGUAGAUUCAAUAGCAGUGGAUUUAAAAGAUCAGAAAUUGACAGUGAUUGGGCAGAUGGAUGCAGUAGCAGUUGUGAAGAAGUUGAAGAAAGUGGGAAAAGUUGAUAUAAUCUCAGUUGGUCCAGCUAAAGAAGAGAAGAAAGAAGAAAAAAAAGAAGAGAAGAAAGAGGAAAAGAAAGAAGAAAAGAAGGAAGAGAAGAAAGAAGAGAAAAAAUAGAUCAAUUCUUUCUUAUAACUUCAUAAAUUCCAAAGGAAUUCAAAAUCAAUAUCAAAAUACAUAUACAUAGAGGUAUAUAAAUAGUUAAUUCUCUACUGGUGAUACUAUUUGUUUGAUUUGGUGAUCAACUAUGGUAUGGCUCAACUUUUUGGUGAAUUUUUUUGACCAAUGUCUAAUGGAAUAAUUAUAUCCCAGACUACUUUCUGUAUAAA